AUGUUGAGAGAAGUGAAAGCCAAGAACCCGCGCACUGCGCGCAUCCUGAAAUCGCGGGAGCCGCAACUCAUCGAACCUCCCAAGAAGACCCUGAUUUUCCACGGAGCGAAAUGCCCCCAAACGCUGGACACCGUGCUGAAGACCUUCCACGCUUUGACGAAGCCCUACAACGUUCUUUUCCACAAGAAGAACGAGAACUUGCAUCCAUAUGAGAACUCGGAAAGCCUGGAAUUCUUGGCGAACAAGAACGAGUGUGGACUCGUAGCAUUCGGAAGUCACAACAAAAAGCGACCCAACUGUGUUACAUUGGCUCGGAUCUACAACUCAGAGCUGCUCGAUCUCGUCGAGCUAUUGCUGCUCCCCCCGAGAGAUGGCGAGGUCAUCCCGCCCAUCAACGAACUUGUUAUGGACGUGGGUCUUGGCCUGCGACCUAUGAUGCUGUUCUCUGGUAGCCCCUGGGACGAUCCUACAUCGACUGCGCACAAAAUUCUCAAGAGCACUCUUCUUGACAUGUUCAGGGGCGAAGAGACGACCCAAGUCGAUGUCGAGGGCCUGCAGUACGUGAUGAUGGUUGGUGCGGAGGAGCCCCAAGAUGGCCUCUCGCCGGUUAUCCACAUUCGUUGGUACAGAGUCAUCACUAAGCGCAGUGGUCACAAGCUGCCCCGCGUUGAGUUGCAGGAGGUCGGUCCCAAGUUCGACUUCAAGGUCGGUCGCACACGCCAGGCCGCUCCUGAGGUGCAGAAGGAGUCUAUGAAGCAGGGCAAGCGUCCCAAUGAUGAAGCCCGAACUAAGAAGAACAUCAUCAUGGACUCUAUGGGUGACAAGAUUGGUCGUGUUCACCUCGGCAAGCAGGAUCUGUCUGACCUGCAGACUCGUAAGAUGAAGGGUCUCAAGCGUCGGGCUGGUAUGGAGUCGUCCGACGAGGAGGAAGAGCCGUCCGCGGACAUGAUGGAGGUGGAUGUGGUUUCUUCUGAUGAGGAGGAGGAGGAGACUCACAAGAAGGCACGGAAAAACUAA